UAUUUCAGACCUAAAAUAUGAAGCAUAACAACCAGUUAGCAUCUGUACACCUGAGAAAACAUUGGCAGGGACGAGUUAAAACUUGGUUCAAUCAGCCAGCCCGAAAGUGGAGGCGUCAUGUCAACCGAGUUAAAAAAUCAAAGAAGCUUGGAUUGAGACCUGCUCAGGGAUCACUUAAGCCUGCUGUGUCUUGCCCUACGCGUCGAUACAACUUCAAGCUCCGCGAGGGACGAGGUUUUACGCGAGCCGAAAUCCUGGCUGCUGGUUUGACACCACUUUAUGCCCGAGCAAUUGGCAUCGCUUUGGACAAGCGCAGGACUAACAAAAGUCAGGAGGGUCUUGACCGCAACAAGGAAAGACUUAAGGAAUACCUAGCUCACGUUACCGUUAUUCCUAUGAACAAGGAAAAGCGAGAGAAAAAGGGCCUUUCGUUUGAGGGCCAUGUACAGCAUAAGGGUAAGAUAAUGCCUAUCAGCAACAAGGGAGUUGCGGAGGCUCCAAGACUUGUCACGGAUGAGGAAAAAAAGUUUGUUGCCUACCAGGCACUUCGAAGAGCGCGUGCAGACGCCAGGCUGUUUGGACGACGAGAGAAAAAGAGGAAGGAAAAGGAGGAAGCCUCGAAAGCCUAAGCUUCACUACGGGCCUUCUACGGAAUUUCUGUGAUGUGUUUAUACAAUUGUUUGUUCUAAAUUGGUAAAUUUACGCAUCCGACCUUGA